UGCGGGUGCCCGAAACUCGGGGCGGCGCCGUUCCCUUGUUCGCCAUACUUGCACAGGAGCGCAGAACAACGAAGGCUCCUACUGCAAAGACACCUGAAAUCGCCACUUAAAUAUUAAGACAUGGCCGAGGAUGACGUGACUCCAGAGCAGCUAGCAGCCAUUGCAGCUGAAAACGAAGAGCCAGACUCGGUGAACUACAAGCCCCCGGCCCAGAAGUCGUUGAAAGAGAUCCAGGAGCUGGAUAAGGACGAUGAGAGCCUACGCAAAUAUAAGGAAACUCUGCUUGGCUCUGGGCCCUCUGGCGCUGAUCCCACUACUCCCAAUGUCCAAGUGACCCAGAUGUCUCUGCUGUGUGAAACCGCCCCGGACCCGCUGAUCCUGGACCUGCAGGGAGACCUGGAAGCCUUCAAGAAGCAGUGCUUUGUUCUGAAGGAGGGCGUUGAAUACAAAAUAAAGAUCAGCUUUAAGGUGAACAAGGAGAUAGUUUCGGGUCUGAAGUACGUGCAGCAGACGUACAGGAAAGGAAUUAAGAUUGAUAAGUCUGACUACAUGGUGGGCAGCUACGGCCCCCGCUCCACUGAACACGAAUACUCCACCACGAUGGAGGAGGCCCCCAAAGGCCUGCUGGCCCGCGGAAACUACGUCAUCAAAUCCAAGUUCACCGACGACGACCAGCACGACCACCUGUCCUGGGAGUGGAACCUGAACGUCAAGAAAGACUGGAAAGACUAAAGGAGGCCUUCGUGUUCUUCCUGGGGGGGGGGGGGGG